AGCCGUUUACGUAAUGCCUCUUUGUGCGGGUUUCCUGGCGACUUAUUGCGUUCAAGGCGCCUUUCCGGGGAAGCCUGUUGAAAAGCGCCACUCCCUUGCCGUGUCGCGCGGUGCUCCCGAAGGCCGCUGCUGCGAGGAUGCGUCGCGUCGCGGCGGCAUUUCGCUGACUAAAAAUAGGCAGCAACAGUUCUUAGACACGGAACAAUAGAGCGACUGCUUUCCUUGGGUCGCCAUUGCAAAUGUCCUCCUUCAUCCACUUGUUGUUGUUGUUGUUGUUGUUUUGUUUUUCCAUCGCUGUCGGGCAGGCGUGCCUUGACCUACGAGUGCCCAGACUUGCGAGCUUUUGGAAAUACGAGUCGUUGCUUGUUUAUGUCUCGAGAUAGGAGUCAAAGUCUGACUGCGCUUUAGACUUGGCCGCUAGAUGGCGCCAGGAAACGUCACAACAUCAGGCCACCGUCCAUUCACAUUGCUUUCCCUGCAGUGGAAGGAAAUUAGCAGUGGGUGGCGCUAAUGAGCCUCAAGAUGCUUUGAUGCUUUGCCAAUCGAACCCAAAGAAGAAGGAGAGCCAAAACAUGAGCUGCAGUUGUGUUUGGCGCUCAAGUUUUCACAGGUCACGUGGAGCGCAAAUGUUUUGACGGAGUUUCAUGCUGAACAAUACUGUUGAGGGCAAUUUUCCUUAUGACAAAACAAUCAAUGCUGAUGUUUUUUUCCUUUAUGUUCGUUUCAGCGAGGAAGAUGAUUGGAGAGUGUUUUGAGAUGGGAGUGUGGCCACGGAACGAUUUCAACUGGAAUCUUUUGGCGCCGCCGUACGCCCAGAUAGGCUCAAAAUUCACAAAUUGAAGCCAUUGGUCUUUCUCCGCAUCAUCUGUUACUUUUACGAACGAUUAACCAAUUCAAAGUGUCAAAAAUAGCAUUCGAACGAACCUUUUCCCUUUUUUCAACUGUCUUCCGGAUGUUUUUAAGAGUAAAAAUAGGUUAGCUACAUUUGACAAAGCCCGUUUUGGUAAAAAUGGAUCGCUGUCAUGCUUCUGUGCAGAAGGAACUGGUCAGCCUCAAAGGUAAGUGCGUGCACAUUCAUUUCCACCGGAGAGGCCCCCGCCUUUUCGAGCCACACGCAUUCAAAGUCACAGAUGCUACAGUGUCAAAUUGCGAGAAAGGCGAUCCCAAGUGGAUCCAAAUAACACCUGCACCUCACGUGCAUAUGUUGUAUUGGUAUCAUGCAUAAGGAUUUAAAAUAUCCAUAGAAAAUAAAAUGAAAUAUAUGGUUGCGACUUCAUGAAUUUUGGUGUAGGGAUAAAUGAGGGAUGACUGUUCUCCUCUUUCGUAGCGCCUUCUGGCUUUCAGACCGAAGCACGCAUAACUGAGUUGCCUUGUGUUACAGGCUACGUUGAGGCGAAAUGUCGGCAAGAGGAAAAACAAAAACAUGCAGCUGGAGGUUAAAAUGUUACUCGUGACAAGUGAUACUGCGAAAAGUCUUCCGCAGUAUUUCUUUGAAACGUCUACCAUCUUCAAGAAACAUUUUUCUUGCUCAACAAUAUUUGCACACAAUUGCAAGGCGUUAUCAAUUAUCGGGACGCGGUAUUGGCGAGUACGCAAAAGAAAGUCCUUGUACUCAUACCGUGUCUUCAAAAAGUGAUUUUGGUGCAUGUUACGAAACGGUUCCUGAUGAGAGAAACCCCCCCCCCCAACCCCCCGUGUGAGAUGAUGCCCGCUGAGCGUGCAGGCUGAGGUCACCCUCACGAAAAGCCGCAUUGCUGCUGCGGGAAACGUCCGGCGAGGUUUGCGCGCCGGCGUGUUUCCAAGGCAGGUCGCAGAAAACAACAACAACAACAGCAACAAACUCGGCCGGCUUCUGAUGUUUUGCCAGCGGCCUUCACCACGCACGUCAACGCACGGGCAUAUUGCGCCAGGGCCGCAGGGCAUUCGCACAUUUUUCGGCACCUAAAAAAACAAUUAUAUGCACACGCACGUAUAUAUUUACACAGACACGCAGCGGGGCCUUGAGAUAAGAGCUUCAUUUGAGAUACAAGUGUAAUUCACGCCACGGCCGUGCUCGCAACUCAAAACACUUGAAAGGAUUUCGAAACGUCAUCAAUCCGUCUCAGCUGCCCCCCCUGAUUUUUGUAAUGUUUGAAUGAAAAAAGAACACUGUAAGAUUGGGCUUUAUAAAAUCAUACAGAACUCAGUGUCAGUGAAUCAGUGAAAUGGCGCCCCUUGCGGUUUGCUCGCCUCGACCACGUGGGGGCAGUAUACAUACGGCGUUCAUUAUUCUGGAUUCCGCUUGAGCUGGAGGCGGUCCUUGUUGUUGCAGCAGGCCAUGUCCCGCCAGAGAACGUAAGUGGCAUUCAGAAUAAUGUCUCUGUGCCUCUCUCAGCUCAUCAGUCCGGCCCCAAUAUUAGUCGAUCAACGCAGAGGAUCAAGGAUAUAUGAGCGUUUUGGCCGGAAAGUACACGAGGACAAUCAGGAGGAAGAAGGAGCAACUUCUGGAUGCAUUUGUUUUGGUGACGCUCCCCUCUUGACAGGGGUCACCUCCUCUCCGUCAGCUCCGUCACGCUCUCUCUUCCCGUAAGAACGCACACGCACACUGCGCUGGCGCUAACGCUCGCGGCCGUGCGCUUCUCCUCAGUCGCCGUCGCCGUCGCGGACGAUGAAGACGCCCAAGCAGCAGACGGGGGGGCCGCUCGGCUUCCUCAACUUCUUCGGCCGAAAGCCCAAAUCGGACGCGCGGCCCGAAAAGCCCGGCGAGGCCCGGCCCGUAGAGGAGGCGGCCGUCGCGCUCGCCCUCGCCCGACGCCCGCGCCGCGAUCGUCAGACGGCAGAAGCGUCUGCGCAACGGAGACCCUCCGGGGCAGAAAGAGGGGACGGAGGCGUCGCGCCUGCGGAGGACGGCGCGGCGGCCUGCCCGCCCGCGCGCACGGGCGGCGCCGCCGACGUCCCGGCCCCGUCUCGGUCCGGCCGGGACCGAUUGGCGGACGAGCACCUGGAGGAGUGCCCGCUGUGCCUGCUGAGGCAGCCGCGAUGUCGUUUCCCGAGACUGCUCACGUGCCCGCACCGGACCUGCGGCGACUGCCUGCGCCGGUACCUGCGCAUCGAGAUUUCCGAGAGCCGCGUGGGCAUCGCGUGCCCGCAGUGUCCCGAGGCCCUGGCGCCCUUGGACGUGCGCGCCAUCCUGGAUGACCCGGCGCUGCUGGAGAGGUUCGAGGAGUACCAGCUGCGGCGCUUCCUGGCCGCCGACCCGGACACGCGCUGGUGUCCCGCACCGGACUGCGGCUACGCGGUGAUCGCUUACGGCUGCGCCGAGUGCCCCAAGCUGAGGUGCGGUCGCGACGGCUGCGACACGGACUUCUGCUACCACUGCCGGCAGCUGUGGCACCCCGACCAGACCUGUGACCAGGCGCGGCGCCAGCGCGCGCGCCACGCGCUGGGCGGCAAGGACGCGCUCUACGUCUUCAGCGAAGAUCCCGGAGGAGACGCAGAGGAGAUCAAGCCGUGCCCUCGCUGCGGCGCCCACAUCAUGAAGACCAACGACGGCAGCUGCAACCGCAUGAACUGCACCGUGUGCGCGUGCCAGUUCUGCUGGCUGUGCAUGCAGGAGAUCACCGACGUGCACUACCUCAGUCCCUCAGGAUGUACGUUCUGGGGCAAGAAACCGUGGUCGCAGAGCCGCAAAGUUCUGUGGCAGGUGGGCAUGUUGCUGGGCGCCCCCGUGGUCAUCUCGCUCAUCGCCGGCCUCGCCGUCCCCGUCAUCAUCGUGGGCAUACCCAUCUACAUGGGCCGCAAGGUCCACGGUCGCUGCAAGAAAAACAACAUCUCAGGAAGUAAGCACUACUUGACGGUGGCGAGCGGCGUGAUGAUGUCGGUGUUCGUGUCGCCCGUCAUAGCGGCCGUCGCCGUCGGUGUGGGCGUGCCGCUCAUGUUGACGUACGUGUACGGGGUGGUGCCCAUGUCGCUGUGCCGGAACGGCUGGUGUCGGCCGCCCGCCGACGCUCCCGACACGCUGGAGGACCUGGCCAGCUAUCUUUUGUUCUCGCACGUGGUGAGCGACCACUGGCGGGCUCAGGGGGGCCCCGCGCCGGCCGACACCAGCGUGCAGGAGGUCGGCGUGCAGGAAGCGGGCACCCCCCUCGCCCUCGCCCUCCCCGGCACCAGCGCCAGCGCCGCACCCGGAUACGUGGCGGCGGACGGGCGGGCGGAGCGCGACGGCGCCUCCAGGGACGGAAGCAACGUGGAAGUGCGCGUGGAGAUCGAGAGGCGGCCGCGAGGCGCUCGCCCGCCCAGCCUCGGCAGCGUCCCGUCCAGCCGCAGCUUGUCGGCCGAGUCGCUGGGACGCUCGGGGGGGGCCGACCCGGACCCGGGGGGCGCGGUCCCCGUCUUCCGGUCGGACGACGCUUGACCCAUGUCGCUCCCGCCAGAUGCCUUUAAGUGUGACCGAGACGUCGCUCGGUCGAUGGCGUGCGUGCGUGCGUGCGUGCGAGCGACUUUAAGGCAGGGGUGGGCAAAGUGUGGGCCACGGGCCACAUGCGCUCCGCUCUCUUCGUGAAUCUGGCCCACAUUCGAAAAAGUUGUCGGAUGAAUUAUUAUCCUGCUAAGAAUUGGUCAUUCAUUUGUUUUUCUAUUCAUGUAUCUAAUUCAAUAAUUUAUUCAGUGAUUGAUUGCAAAUAAUACAAGACAAAUAAAAGUCAAAUAAACAAUUUGACACAUUUCUAAAGUCCCUGUAAAGUGAAAAUGAAUGUCUACUGAAUUCGGCACAACAGAGAGAAGACUGUUGGGAACAACACUGACAAAUUUGAAUCCAUUUUCCAUAUUCUGAGCCGCUUAGCCCCACAGGGGUCGUGGGCGUGCUGGAGCCCAUCCCAGCUAUCUUCGGGCGGGAGGCGGGGUACGCCCCGAAUUGGUUGCCAGCCAAUCGCAGGCCACAUACAAACAAACAACCAUUCGCACACACAUUCACACGGGCAAUUUAGAGUCUUCAAUCAGCCUGCCCUGCAUGUUUUUGGGAUGUGGGAGGAAACCCGAGUGCCCGGAGCAAAGCCACGCAGGCGCGGGGAGAACAUGCAAACUCCACACAGGCGGGGCCGGGAUUUGAACCCCGGUCCCCAAAACUGUGAGGCAGACGCUCUAACCAGUCGCGCGCUGUGCCGCCACAAAUUUGAAAGAUUUGGGAAAAAAAGAAUCAUCAAGUCAAGACAACGAGGCUUCAAAAUGGUGACAGAUCAGUUCGUUCUCUCCGCUUUCAAACGCUGCGGGCGUGUCCGCUGAGCGCGCUGAAACCGCGCCCCGCUCAACUGCCAACUGUCAGUCAAAUAUCAUUUCCACAACCUGGAAAAAUAGAGGCUACUUCGUCUGGCAUCUUUCUUCUGCUUACACAUAAGUACGUGUUUGAGCCGCAAAAAUAUAUUCACUCGAAGCCUCCGGUGGCCGGAAUAUAUCGUACCGGGUCGUCCUGACAACGAGGCGCUCUAAAGCGGCCAAAGUCAGCGCAAGGCCGCAUUCCGCGAGCUUGCUGUCGAGUCGGACUUUGUUUUGUUUUUUUAUUGUUUUCUUCCAUCCUCGCCGUUCUGUCGUUCAAUCCAUGAUGUGCACGCACUGGUGGCUGACAAUGAGGCACUCUAAAGCAGCCACACUAGCAGACUAUCCAAAGGGAAGAUGCAUAUUCAGGGUGUAGAAACUGCAUGUUGCAAUUGCGUCCGAGAACCGCUGAUGCAAAUGAAGGCGCUCAAGUUCUUGUAUAGUGGAAGGGGAAGGGACUCGUCCUGGGGCACCAUUUUAGCCAUGCCCAAAAAAUUGGGAAAACUCAAAUGUUACAAAAAACUAAAAAUAAACUGCUUAACACUGUACCUCCACUACCGAGUACGGUUCUGCGUAGUUCUCAGUCUUUGCACAUUUUCAGCAAUUAUCACGUCUAAAGUAUUUAGAAACAAAUCUCUGAAUUCACUUCACAGGGUCUUUAAAGAAUUGGUUAAGACAUUGCAAUGAAGUUAUAUUUUAAAGAAUACAAUUUAAAAAUGGGCAUGAAUCUCAUUUAUUAUUUUGCGGAUCAAUUUCUUUAGAAAUAAAAAACUAAAAUAUGUCUCAAAUAAAUCAUUUUACACAUACGUGUAACAUUUAUUGUAAAAAAAAUACACCCAAACAAAUUGCAAUUGUUUUAUUAUUAAAAUGAAGUAUUUGAUUUGCUGUAUUACUUUAGCCAUCUUUUGUUGACCUAAAAUUUUGUUAAAAUAUAUUGGUCAUUUUUAUUUAUCUCAUUAAAUAAUUGUUUGAGUCAUUAUUUAUAUUAACUAAAAAAAAAUGUCAAUGAUACACAUUAUUUUAUAAUUAAAAUGAAAUAUGUUACAUUUUGUUCCACACACGUAAACUUUUUUUUCUUCAUCUAUCUAAAAAAAAAAAAAAUGAACCCUUGAGCCCGAAAGUUUGCCCCACCCUGUUUUAAGCGAGCCGGGUGCGUCCGUGAGUUCAAAGGUCACGAUAACAUUUGCGCAUGUCAGCCUUUGCCGUUGGUCUUCUUCACUCAUUUAGCAGCCCUUUAACAAUAAAACCGGCCACUCGCAAGCGUGUAUUGGACUUGGAAGGAUUUAGGAUUUUGUAGCCUGCCUCCUGCAAUGCGGCCUAACUUGCAGGCGAAGGUGACUUUGCCAACGUACCGCGGAUCUUAAGAAUGCUGCUCGACGCCAUAUGGCCGCCAUUGUGAGAGAUUACCUGGCCUUCAUAAAACAUUUCAAAAUCAAAACAAAUACAAAUUCAUCAGGUUAUAUCCAGUCAGCAGUCGGCAUUUUUUCUCAAUGAAACUCCUCAACUCAUUUCAACAUAGUUCUCUGGUACCAAGAUGGUGCCAAAGCAAUACUCUUACUGCAAUAGUUUUAUUGCUUUGACCUGAGCAUAGAAACACAAAUAGGGGUGAGUUUUUCAGCAAAUUUGAUUUUGGAAAAUUCUGCAAAUAUACUUGGGAACAUGCUAUGUCAUCCAAAUAAGUCUUCCACCUUAACACUCGCCGAGUAUGCGCGGUCCACGCGCCAUUAUUGUAGCAGCAGCACGAGCACCGAGCCGCCGCCCCACUCAUAACGAGCGGAAUAAUCCCAAUUAGCCUCAGAAAGAACACGGCGAGUGUUCAGCCGCUGCUUUGCUUGAUGACCACGGUUAGUAAAUAUCACACUAUGGCGGACAACGUUACAGUACGUUUGCGCAUCUGUUCACUUGAAUGAAUGUAUAAUUAUAGAAUAUACACUCCUGUAACUAUGCAAUAUAUUUCAUAUAUUAGGUUUGGCGCCACGGCCGAGCGGUCCGUAAUUGCCUCCACCUUGACUGAAGAAAUUCGGCUCGUGUUCGUGUCGCUCGGCUUUGGCUUCGCUGUUCUUUUGGUGGCGAGCAGUUUCCCGUUUGCGCCAAACAUCGUUUUAGAACGAAGGCCCAAAAGGGUCACGCUCGGUCACAUCGGAGCGUAACACAUUUUCCCACGCGAUUUCGAGUGCGUUUCUUUUCUUCGUAAGACGAGGCCUCCAUCUCGCCGCCCUGCGCAGACGGACGAAGGAGACGGCAGAUUGUCGGCACGUGCGCUAAACAGCCGGCGCUUGCCAGAAAUUCCUGCAGCGCUCGGUGGAAAAAGUUUUGAAAUGAUUUAUCUUGCUCAUUUUUUUUAGGAUAGCUCGAACCUGACAUUUGAACAGGGGUGUCUAGACUUUUUAUAUCAACUCUAUGUAAAAAAUAUAAUUGUAAAAUAUAUCUCAACAUGCAACUGCAAUGUACGAAAUAUUAUACACACACAUAAAUAAAUCUGUAUAAAAAUACAAUUACAAACAUCUUAUUAAAAAUGCAAUAUACUUUAUGAUAAAAUACAAACCUCUACCUAAAAAUGUGGCCGAUGAGUGCGUUAAAAGACAAACCAAUUAAAAAAUCCAUGUAUUGCCUAUGAAAUACAGGAAAGCAUUUCAACACAUUUGAUUUGUUUUUCAUUUUAAUAAACUCCUUUAAAAAAAAAAUGAAAUAACUUCCUGUAUGAGGUCCACAAAUAGAAACCCCGCGUACAAUGAGCGGCAAUGACUGACUAUAAACGCUAGAGGACGCCAACAUGCAGAAAAUCACAAACAUUUCACUGACCUUGGUAGCUUCUAUUCAGGCCUGUAUUUAUUUGAGAUGUUAAAAAAAAGUAAUAGCAUGUAAAUAAUAAUAACUGUAAAAGUAUUGUUAUAAAUCAAUGUAUAUUAA